GUCAAUCUCGCAGCCCCGCGCUGUGCGGCCUGUUUGAUGUUUUUUUUUGGGGGGGGGGUACGUGGAGAGAAGCAAUGCUGAUUGGAAGCUGUUUCGCUCUCUGGUUUCUACACGUUUUGCUGUUUUCAACAAAGGCAUAGUGAAACCCAUCUGUGAUUGCAAAUUUCAAAUCCAAGCGAUUAUUUCUAACGUGUAUGCAUUAAAUCAUUUAUAACCCUCCCCUGUAGUUUUUUAAAAAAUUGUUGUGCUCCACUCAAAUUGCCUUACUGAUGAAAUUCGUUAUUAGUGGAGGGUACCAUUUGCGAGGAAUGACUGGAGUUUAACUCCAUUUGCGGCUGUAACCGUGAGCUUUUUUUUGGGUGGGGUUAAAUGAUAGCAACAUGGCGGAGAGCUGUGCGUGGUUGUUAGUGCUUGGCUCAGUUUUGUUAUGUAGUCUGUUCAAGAUGCUACUGCCAACCCUUUCCUCACUUGUGGCCAAACUUUUGCAAAAAGAUGGAGAGACUGAGCUCCAAAUGAGAUAUGAAAUUGGAAAUAUGAAGCAGGAGUUGGCAACAAUCAGCAUGAUGGAUGAGUUUGCCAGAUAUGCACGACUGGAGCGCAAGAUAAACAAAAUGACUGACAAACUGAAAACUCACGUCAAAACAAGAACGGCACAGUUAGCAAAAAUCAAGUGGGUGGUGAAUAUUGUGUUUUACAUUGUGCAGGCAGUUUUAAUGAUUUCCCUGAUAUUGAAAUAUUAUUCAGAACCUGUUGCUGUGCUUCCACAAAAAUGGAUGGCACCUUUGGAGCGGAUGGUAGCUUUCCCAACUGGAGUAGAAGGUGGAGUUGGAAUCACAUGCUGGCUCUUGGUCUGCAAUAAAGUUGUGGCUGUAGCGUUACAGCCAUUCACCUGAACUGUGAUGCUGGGAAUUCAAGACCUGUAUUUAUUAUUUUGCCAGCUCCCCUUCUGGAAUCAAUUUUUUUUUUUUAAAUCGUUGUGGUUUCUAAAUUAUUUGCAAUAUCAUUUUGUAAAGUUUUUUUAACUGCUUUGAUUUAAAUUGGGGAUAUGAACGAAUGUCCAGAAACAAACUUUGUCAAGCAUAUCAAUUUUGGGGACCAAUAUAAUAGGAUUGAUCGGUUUUAAAAUUCAUUUCAAAUUAGAAAAGGGUAUUUGGGGAUAGUUCUGAAUGAUUGUUUAUAGUUUUUAAAGUCUGAGAAAACAAUUAUAAGUUGUGAUGCCAAACUGUUUUUGGUGGUCUGUAUGUACUAAUUCAUAUCCUGAUGUUGAGUUUAUUGGUUUUGUACAGGUGUUGCAAUCUAGGAGGUUGCCAUAUAUUUAUUGGAUCAUUGUUUUGCAUCGCAUAGCAAUUUGUUUAAAAUGAUAACUCUUUACAUUUGAAGAUUUAAAAAUAGUGCUGACAGAAACUAAGUAAUUGAAGGAAGAUAAAGAUAGACACUGCUAGAAAAACCCAACAGGUUAGGCAGCAACUAUAUAGAGCAAUUGAGUCAAUGUUUCAGGUCAGGUUUUACUUCUUUUGAAAUAAAACUUGAACGGGACCUCCAUGGAGGGUUAAAUCUGUAACAUUGGCAUUGACAGUAGAGAGGCAGGAGAAGAAUCUGUGCUAUGGCAUUGGGCUAAAGAUCCACAUGUCCAAUGAUUAGUGGUCUUUUUACAGUUUUAAAAUUAAAUGCAUUCUGUCCUGGAUCCCAAGAAAGACUUCGAACUAAAACUGUCAAUUGCAUUAUUUUUAGUAAGGAGAGAGAGGUAUUUAUUAAUUUAAUUUAUAUAUUGUUGCUAGAGACCUAAAUUUGAACAAUCUGUAGUGUUUUAACAAUAUGUUGCAGACUAAUUGUUGACUUUACUAAGAACUUGGGUAUUUUGUGCUAAUGAUAUUUAUCAGCAUUUUAAAUGUUGAAUCUUGCCAUGUGUAAGUAUCAUUGUCAGUACAAUUUUCCAAUGAGAGUCAAACCCCGCUUGAAGAUGAGUUGCAAAGUUCACAAACAAACUAGGAAAUUACUGGACCUUGAAUGUAGUUUCCUUGGCUAUGUGCUACAGAAUCUAUGUCUGAGAAAUAGGGAGUACUCAUUUGUAUGCAGGUUGUUUAAUCUGCUUUUUAGAAUAAAGCUUUAGAUUUUCUGAUAGGAGUUGUUUGAACAUAGUGUUUUAGAUCUACUUUGCUUUAUGGUUCAAAAUAUUGUUGUGUCAAAGCUCCGCU